GUGAGAAAGAGAGAGUGAGCAGACAGAUAUUUUGGCAGGCAGCUUCUGUGCGAACAAACCAACACGCCAUAGUUGGCGUUUGGAAUCCGCUGGAGGAACGCUCGCCCCCGAUCAAGGCUCGCCGCUUGUACAGUCAUGCCGCGUCGGCGCUAGGACUCUCGGGGCAUGGCCGGUCCCCGUCGACGCCGGGGAGCCACGGGACCGGACGUUUUCGGGCUCCCCCGGGAGGACGCGGCUCCGACCGAGCUUCCCCCCCGAGCCUCCCCGCAAAAAGGCUCUCCGACUCGGGACGUCCGAGCGCCGCGCGCCGGUCGUCUCGCCUCGAAGAAGAGGCGUCGCACCAGCCGCCGCGCGCGCACCUCCACCGGCACCGCGUCCUCUUCACCGGACCGUCCGGAAGACGAGCGCCAGAAGGCGGAGGAAAGAGUUAAGGAAGCGGGCCGGGUGGAGGAAGGAGAUGAGGAGGGAGGAGAGCGCGGAGCAGCGGAGGUGGAGACGAGCGGCCAGACGGGAAGUCCGCCGGACCCAGACGAGAGGAAAACGGCUGCCUCUUAUUUUGAAAAGACCACACAUCCGCACGCUCGCACCCGGGACCCAUGCGCCGAAAAGCUUCCAGAAAAAAUACAAACGGAGGACUUUUAUUCAAAAACGUUUGAGGGACAAAUUCACACUGAAGUCUCUUCUGCUGAAAAGCUUCCAGAACAAGUAGACGCGGAUGAGUUUUACUUUGAAAAGCUUCCGGAACAAGUAGACGUGACAGACUUUCGUUGUGAAAAGCUUCCAAAACAAAUACCAGCUGAGGACUUUUGUUCUGAAAAGCUUUUGGAAGUUCACACCGAUGAAUCUUUUUCUGAAAAGCUUCCAGAACAAAUUCACGCAGAGGACUUUUAUUCUGAAAUGCUCCCGGAAAAUAUUCACGUUGAAGACUCUUAUGCUGAAAAGCUUCCGGAACAAAUACAUGCAGGGAACUUUUAUUCUGAAACGCUCCCAAAACAAAUUCACACAGGGGACUUUUAUUCUGAAAAUCUCCAAGAACACUCUCACACAGGGGCCUUUAACUCUGAAAAACUCCCAGAACAAAAUAACAAUGAGGACUUUUACUCUGAAAAGCUUCCAGAACAAAUGAACAAUGAGGACUUUUAUACUGAAAAUCUUCCAGAACCAGCUCACACAGGGGAAUUUUAUUCUGAAUACCUUCUAGAUCAAGUAAACAAGGAUGACAUUUAUUCUGAAAAGCUUCCAGAGCAUGUAGAUAAGAAUGGCUUUUAUUCUGAAAAGCGUUUGGAACUAACUCACCCUGGAGCCUCUUGUUCUGAAAAUCUUCUAGAUCAAGUAAACAAGGAUGACGUUUAUUCUGAAAAGCUUCCAAAGCAAGUAGAUAAGAAUGGCUUUUAUUCUGAAAAACGCUUGGAACUAACUCACUCUGGAACCUCUUGUUCUGAAAAUCUACCAGAAAAAAUUGACAAUGAGGACUGUUAUGCUGAAAAUCUUCCAGAACAAACCCACACAGGGGAAACUUAUUCUGAAAAUCUUCCAGAACAAACUCACGAAGGAGCCUUUUACUCUGAAAAACUCACCGAACAAGUAGAUGAGGAUGACUUUUAUUCUGAAAAGCGUUUAGAACAAACUGACGCUGGAGCCUCUUUUUCUGAACAGCUUCCAGAACAAAUUAACAAUGAGGACUUUUAUUCUGAAAAGCUUCCAGAGCAAAUUCACGAGAAGGACUAUAAUUCAAAAAAGCUUCCAAAACAAAUUCACGCAGAGGACUUUUAUUCUGAAAAGUUUCAGGAAAAAAAUGACACUAAAUCCUCUUGUUCUGAAAAGCUUCCGGAACAAAUUCACCCAGGGGACUUUUAUUCUGAAAAACUUGCAGAACAAGUAGACGUGAAUGACUUUGAUUCUGAAAAGCGUUUUGAACAAACUCACUCUGGAGCCUCUUGUUCUGAAAAUCUUCCAGAACAAAUUCACAAUGAGCAAGUUAAUUCUAAAAAUCUAGAAGAAGCUCACACAGGGGAAUUUUAUUCUGAAAAUCUUCCAGAACAAACUCGCGCAGGGGCCUUGUGUUCUGAAAAUCUUCCAGAACAAGUAGAUGUGGAUGACUUUUAUUCUGAAAAGCGUUUGGAACAAACUCCCUCUGCAGCAUCUUGUUCUGAAAAAUUUCCAGAACAAAUUCACAAUGAGGACUUUAAUUCUGAAAAUCCUCCAGAACAAACUCACACCGGGGCCUUUUAUUCUGAAAAACUUCCAGAACACAAUCACGCAGGGCAUCCUUAUUCUGAAAAGCUUCCAGAACAUAUCCACAUGAAUGACUUUUAUUCUGAAAAGCGUUUGGAACAAACUCACUCUGAAGACUAUUGUUCUGAAAAUCUUACAGAAGAAAUUCUCGAUGAGGACUUUUGUUCUGAAAAUCUUCCAGAACACACUCACACAGUGCAUCUUUAUUCUGAAAAGCUUCCGGAACAAACUCACAAAAUAGCCUUUUAUUCUGAAACACUUCCAGAACAAGUAGAAAUGGGUUCUGAAAAUCCUUCAGAACAAAUUCAUGAUGAGGACUUUUAUACUGAAAAUCUAGAACAAACUCAUACAGGGGAAUUAUAUUCUGAAAAUCUUUCAGAACAAGUAGACAUGGAUGACUUUUAUAGUGAAAAGCGUAUGGAACAAACUCACUCUGGAACCUCUUGUUCUGAAAAUUUUCCAGUACAAAUUCACAAUGAGGACUUUUACUCUGAAAAUCCUCCAGAACACACUCAUGCAGUGCAUCUAUAUACUGAAAAGCUUCCAGAACAAGUAGACGUGGAUGACUUUUAUACUGAAAAGCCUUUGGAACAAACUCACGCUGGAGCCUCUUAUUCUGAAAAUCUUCCAGAACAAACUCAAGCGCGGGAAUUUUGUUCUGAAAAUCUUCCAGGGCAAACUCAGGAAGAGGCCUUUUAUUCUGAAAAACUUCCAGAACACACUCACGCAGAGGCCUUUUAUUUUGAAAUGCUUCCAGAACAAGUAGACGUGGAUAACGUUUGUUCUGAAAAGCAUUUGGAACAAACUCACGCUGGAGCCUCUUGUUUUGAAAAUCUUCCAAAACAAAUUCACAAUGAGCACGUUCAUUCUGAAAAUCUUCCAGAAAAAACUCAAGCAGGAGAAUUUCAUCCUGAAAAGCUUACAGAACAAGAAGACGCAGAUGACAAAUAUUGUGAAACUCUUCCAGACCAAAUAUACGCGGAUGACUUUUAUGGCGAAAAAUUGUCUGCGGACUUUGAUUCCGAAAAGCGGCUUGUCAAUUGCGAAACAUGGGAGGAGCCCGGUCCUGAAAAAGUAUCCCAAGACACGCACUCCCGGGACUCUUAUUGUGAAAAGAAAGGGCAAGAGCCCCAGUGCCGGCAAAUUUGGGUGCCGGACGAGCAGGCUCUCCAUCCCUUGCCCUCCGAUCACAACCUGCGACAUGGCGACGUCCGAUCCAAAGUGGAGAAGCUGUGCGAAGAUGUCAUCGAGCUGCUGGAGGACAACAUCAAGAUGAUGGAGGCCCAAGGCUUACCUGACACACAACAGGAUGCCGAGUGUCAGCUGCGCGCGUACGAGGACUUGAUGCGCGGCGUCCUGGCCGACGCACGAUUGGCCGACUGGCAACGAGAGGGCGGCGCCUGGCCGUCGUCGUCGCCGGCCGCCGUCUCCCGUUCGUACCGGCGAGCGGAAGAGCUGCUCCACCGGCUGGUGGCAUUGAACAACCGCAGGACGCGGCGUCUCCGCUUCCUCCGGGACUGCUGCGGCGUGGCCGACGCCUUCCGGCAGGUGAGCGCUUGGCUGGAAGGAGAGGGGCGGGCGCGGCUGGAGAGUCUGGGCCAACGGGACGACUCGUGGGACGUUCUGUGCCGGAAGCGGCAGGAAUUCCGAGACUUCUACUCUUCGGCGAGCGAUUGGCACGAAAAAGGCCAGGUCCUUCUUCGCCGCCUUGACGGUUGGCGCCCUUGGCAGGCCCCGGAGCUGGCUGACAUCUAUGAAGUCCGCGUCGGCCCCUUGCGGGCUCAGCUGGAUGAUUUCUGGCGGCGUGUGGACGCCGCCGAACACCAGGUCUGCGAGGCCGUCGCGUGCCAUCGCUUCCUGGAUCGGCCUGUCUCGUUGCCGGAAGAUAGCCACGCCUCCGCGCGACGGAUGAGCUGGGCGGCGUCGGAGCACUCGCGCUCCACCUCGACCGUUACGUUCCCGUGGGCCGAAGCACCGGCGGCUGUCCCGCUCACUGACGGCCUUCGCCGCACGCCCCUCUUCCGCCGCCUGUUCGGAAACCGCUCUGCCGCCACCCCGUCUUUCCCCCAACGCCCCCCGCUCCGUAAGACUCAUAGUUGGGACCCGGCGCCCGCGGCCCGGCCGGACGCACAGCAUUCGGGCACCCCAUCCCGCGCCUUCGGCGAGCCGGCGCGGCGAGGAAACACAGGCGUCUUCAUCCGAGGUUUGGAGGUCAGCGGCGCCGAGGCCCUCCGGCGCACCCACGAUACCAGGAUCGCCGGGCCGGACCGGCGCAGGGCUACGGGGAGCCCCGCGACUUCCCAGAGUCACGCCGCCAGAAGCUGCCGCGGGGAGAGGAAGUUGCGUCGCAUCGUGGAGGAGAUGGUGAGCACGGAGCGCGAGUACGUACUGUCGCUGCGUUACGUGGCCGAUCACUACUUCCCCGAGAUGGAGCGCGCCGACGUCCCGCGGGAGCUGCGCGGGAAACGCUCGCUGGUCUUCGGCAACCUGGAGAAGCUGCUGGACUUCCACGCCGGCUUCUUCCUCAAAGAGCUGGAGGCCUGCCGCAAACGUCCGCUCACAGUGGCGCGCUGCUUCCUCAGACACCGGGAGCAGUUCGGCCUCUACGCCCUUUACAGCAAAAACAAGCCAAAAUCGGACGCCCUGCUGGCCGACCACGGCCUGGCCUUCUUCAAGAGGAAGCAGCGCGAACUGGGCGACAAGAUGGAUCUCUGCUCGUACCUGCUGAAACCGGUUCAACGCAUGAGCAAGUACGCGCUGCUCCUGGACGACCUCAUCAAGGAGGCCGAGGCGGCGGCGACCGACCGGGAGGAGGAGGAGCGAGAGGAGGAGCUGGGCCCGUUGCGAGCGGCCGUCGCCGCCGUCCGCUUUCAGCUCCGCCACGGCAACGACCUCCUCGCCAUGGACGCCAUCCGGCACUGCGACGUGGACCUGAAGGAACAAGGGCGGCUUAUGCGCCAGGAUCAGAUGAACGUCUGGAGCAGAGGGCGCAAGUGCGAGAGGCGCGUCUUCCUCUUCGAGCAGCUCCUCCUCUUCAGCAAAGCCAAGAAGAUCCACGGAGGUCUGGACGUCUUUGUCUACAAAAACUCCUUCAAGACGGCGGACUUGGGCCUGACCGAGUCGACGGGAGACGACGGUCUCCGCUUCGAGGUCUGGUUCCGAAGGAGGACUUCCAAGAAGCAGACGUUGACGUUGCAGGCCGCCAGCGCCCAGCUCAAGUGUGCCUGGACGCGUGACCUCAGCGCCAUCUUGUGGACGCAGGCCGCCAGGAACAAAGAGGCGCGUGUAAAGGAGAUGUUGUCCAUGGGGGUGGGCAGCAAGCCUUACUUGGACAUUCUGCCCAGCGCCGCCGCCAUUAGCGAUCGAGCCCUCCACGUAGGGACACGAGGCGCCAGGAGGCCGGCAUCCAUCGCAGUCUCACCGUCAGACCGGCGGUUCUUCCGCCACCUAGAGGAAGAAGACGAUGACGACGGCGCCGGUCGGCCUUCCGUCAGUACAGAAAGCUCAAACUCGUCAUCGUCGCGGCGACUUUCAGGCUCCAGCGGCUCCGAUUCGGGCUGCGUUUCGUCCCGCCUCCGGGAUCCGAGCUCCGCCUCCUCGUGCUCCUCCCGCCUACCCCCGAGCGGGCAAGCGCUUCCAGUUUGAGCGACACUUCCUGAAACUCUCACUCUUCGGUUCGGGCUAAAGAGUGAGAUGGACAUUUUUUUCUACCGCUAGUAGGUGAAACUUACAAAAGGCGGAGCUUAUGUCGCUUCCCAUGUUUGUCUUUACGGUAACUCAAGCAUGAAUGAAGGGAUAAUCAAACGUGCAAGAUGUUUUUAUUUUUGGGUCAAAGGUCAGAGAGUUCAGAAAAGUAAUUUAGCUGUAACAAGAUUUAACAAAUGUAUUGUUAUCAAACUUUAAAAAUAUGUUUGUAACAUGAAACAAGCUGUCAUUUUCAUUUUUGGGUCACAAGGUCAAAGGUCACUGAGGUCAGAAAAAGAAUUUCACUGUAACUCAAGAAUGAAUAAAGGUAUCAUAUCUUAAUGUAAAAUGAAAAAUUGUGAUCAAAUUUUGGGCUCAUGAGGUCAAAGGUCACGAGGUCAGAAAAGUUUUACUACAACUCAAGAACGAAUAAAGGUAUCAAAUUUGUAGGCUAUGUUAAUAAACAGAUGAGGUGAAUAUAUUUCGGGUUCGAGAGGUCAAAGGUCACUGACAUCAGAAAAGGACUUCCAUGGAAAGGAAAAUAUUAAAGGGCUUAUUGAACUUGCAGUAUAUGCUUGCUGUUGUAAACAGGUGAUUAAAUCUUGGGCUCAUGAGGUCAAGGGUCAUAGAUCAGAAAAGGCAUUUUGCUAAAGAAUAAAUAACAGGAUCAUUGUUAAAUUUGCAGGCUAUUUUUGAAAUAUGAAACAGAAGAGGUCAUGAGGUCAAAGGUCACUGAGGUCAGAAAACCAAUUUUGCUGUAACUCAACAAAAAAAUGGAUCAGUCAAAUUUGCAAGCUAUGUUUGAAAUACGAACAGGUCAUGAGUCAAGGUUAAGAGUUGAGAAACAUAAUUUUACUAGCACUCAAGAAUGAAUAAAGGUAUCAAACAGGAUGUUUU